AUGCUCAAUAGCCACGCAUCAAAAUGCGUCGUGUCGUUUCAACCCAUCUCGCCGAGAAUAGCAGUGAUCACUUUGGGCGGAACCGUCAAGUCGCACAUAGUGAGCGUAUACGCUCCGACGGAACCGAGCGACGACGGUAUGAAGGACGAAUUCUAUAUGCAGCUCCAAGACGUGCUGGACAGCAUUCCCAGAAGAGAUCUCGUUAUCGUCACAGGCGAUCUGAACGCUAGAACUGGCGCCGACAGAACCGGAUGGGAACCUGUGAUGGGCCGAUUUGGCGUAGGGAGAAAUGAACAACAAUGGUUUGCGGCUGCUUUCGUUUGCCACGUUCAAUGA